AUGCGCAAACAACAAAUUGAAGAGGUAAAAUCCACCAGAAAUUUUUUACAACUUGCUGACAAUUCUCUUAAAUUUUCUUUAGGUGUUGUUGAGAAUUUACUGGUGAAGGUGCGGACGUUCAUAUUCCUUGCAGAUUUUGUCAUCUUCGAUAUGGAGGAGGAUGUCAAUGCUUCUAUUAUAUUGAGAAGACCUUUCCUUGCUACAGGGAGAGCCUUAAUUGAUGUUCAAAAAUGUGAAUUAACAUUGAGGGUGAAUGAUGAACAAAUUGUGCUCAAUGUAUUUAAAGCCCUACAGCAUCCUAAUGAUUAUGCGGAUUGCAUGAAAAUUGAUAUCACUAAUCCAUUGGUGCAAGAGGCAUUAGAAGAAGAAGAUUUUAAUGAGUCACUUGAGUCCUCUAUUGAAGUUGAAGUGGGUGAAAUUGAAGAUUACAGACCACCCAAGGGAGCAUCAUACAUUCCUUCAAAGGAUUACAAUCAAAUUGCUGUGGACCCUUAUGAUCAAGAGAAGACCGUGUUCACAUGUUCCUUUGGAGUCUUUGCUUACCACCAUAUGCCUUUUGCUUUGUGCAAUGCUCCUGUGACUUUCCAAAGUGAUGUUGCAAUUGGAGCUGUUUUGGAAAAAAGGCAAGAUGAGAUUUUACAUGUUAUAUAUUAUGCAAGCAGGGUACUCAAUGAUGCUCAAAGGAAUUAUACAACUACUGAGAAGGAGUUACUUGAUGUGGUGCUUCUUCUACAAGAGUUUGAUAUUGAAAUCAGCGAUAGGAAGGGUUCCGAAAAUCAAGUAGUGGACCACUUUUCUCAUAUUGAACUUGUGAAAGCUCAAGAACCUCCACCUCCGCUUCAUGAAGAGUUCCCUGAUGAGCAUUUAUUGGCGAUUCACAAGACACUCUAG